AUGACUAUUUAUGUGAUAAUAGAUUCAGAAGUAUGCAUACAAUUGAUCCUUGACAUAUUAUUUGUUAAUUUUUUAAGAGAAUUUAUGUCACAAACACUACAAGUAUUAGUAUUAUUAUUAAAACUUAACUUUGAACAUUUUAUAUCUGAACAUAAAAACAGUUUUUUCUGUUUGAGAAGAAAGAUUAAUACUUCCAAGAAAUGCAACUGUACAAUGUCUAGAUAUUACAACAUACACUUCAAGCCAAAGCUUCAAUUUAUUGAAUUUAAUAACGAUAAAGUCAUUCCUUUCAGUAAUAUUCCUAAUAAUAUCAAUCUCUUUUUUUCUAUCUUGCAAUGGUUCUGGAACUACACAAUUUAA